GAAAGCCUCUUACAAGCCCUAGUAAUCCAGAUUUCCUUUCGAUCUAAAUUCAAUCCCAAUCAUGCAAAUUUUUGUGAAAACCCUAACCGGCAAGACCAUCACCCUCGAGGUCGAGAGCUCCGACACCGUCGACAACGUCAAGGCCAAGAUCCAGGACAAGGAGGGCAUCCCUCCUGACCAGCAGAGGCUCAUCUUCGCCGGAAAGCAGCUUGAGGACGGCCGUACCCUCGCCGACUACAACAUCCAGAAGGAGUCGACUCUCCACCUGGUGCUCCGUCUCAGGGGUGGUAUGCAGAUCUUCGUCAAAACCCUAACCGGGAAGACGAUCACUCUCGAGGUCGAGAGCUCUGAUACCAUUGACAACGUCAAGGCCAAGAUCCAGGACAAGGAGGGAAUUCCCCCGGACCAGCAGAGGUUGAUCUUCGCCGGUAAGCAGUUGGAGGAUGGCCGAACUUUGGCCGAUUACAAUAUCCAGAAGGAGUCCACCCUCCAUUUGGUGCUCCGUCUUCGCGGUGGUAUGCAAAUCUUCGUGAAGACUCUCACCGGGAAGACAAUCACUCUCGAAGUUGAGAGCUCCGACACGAUUGAUAACGUCAAGGCCAAGAUCCAGGAUAAGGAAGGGAUCCCACCGGAUCAGCAGAGGUUGAUUUUCGCUGGUAAGCAAUUGGAGGAUGGCAGGACUCUUGCGGAUUACAAUAUCCAGAAGGAGUCGACUCUGCAUUUGGUGCUCAGGCUUCGUGGUGGGAUGCAGAUUUUUGUGAAGACUUUGACAGGCAAGACCAUCACUUUGGAGGUUGAGAGCUCGGAUACCAUUGAUAAUGUCAAAGCCAAGAUCCAGGAUAAGGAAGGGAUCCCACCGGACCAGCAAAGGUUGAUCUUUGCCGGCAAGCAGCUCGAGGACGGUCGUACCCUGGCUGAUUACAACAUUCAGAAGGAGUCCACCCUUCACUUGGUCCUCCGUCUCCGUGGCGGAGCCCAAAAGAGACAAGUCGCUACCAUCGAUGCCAAAGUUGAUUCCUUUUGUGGGAAGAUCUCCCAGCUGUGCGCCGUUCACCGUUAUGGCGGUGACGUUGAUGACAUAGAACUGGUUCGGUUGUUCGAGGAUGAGUCUGGUACUCUGUACGUCGCCGGUGAGGACUGCUUCAGGACCGAAGUCCAAAGUCCCUUCCUUGCCGUCCUGAAGCUCAGCUUCUAUUCGCAACAGAGAUGGAAUGCAGUAUGCAAACCGGUCCAUGACGACCGGCCGGAGUUGGCUCAGAAGGCUUAA